GAGAUUCAGAUCACUUACACCAUCCCCAGUUGGUCUUUCUGCUGUGACGUUGAAUCACGAUGCGGCAUCGGCACUUAUCCCGUGGCACUCAACUAGCAUCGGACUCCAUCUCCUUGAGAAAGGCAUGAUGCAUGCAUAUGCGGGUGGGAUUUCCUCGUUUCGUAACCAAUGAAUACACACUCACCAUAUCACACAUUUCCAAUGCCUUGGGCCAAACCUUGGCCAAAGACGUCUCGUAAGCGGCCUUCGCAUUCUAUGGCAGCGCUCCCCUCGCAAGUUGCUCCGUUUCAGGUUCGUGAACGUAACGGAUCCAAAAAAAUAAUCCGAGACAUAUAAAAGCCUGCUACUCUACUUCAUUAUGUCUCCAGUACACUCUCAGCAACCAGUCUACUCAUCUUUUGUUAAAUAUGCGUUCUUGGUGUAUUAUUUCGUCGACUUUGGCCUUCGUUUCUGCCGUUAUCGCUGCUCCAGCUUCCACAGGAGUGGCCUCGGCUCCAGCGAGCACCCCAACAGUCCCUUAUGCUAGCGAUGAUCCUAAUUAUCCUCUGUGGAACGAAACGACUGAAACCACCCCAGAGCCCAUUCGUGGCUCACUUGGAGCAACCAUAAUUGCUCAGCAGAAUGUAGAACUCGACAGACAGAACACAGACUCCUUGGCACCUCCCACUACCGAUAACGGCGAGGUCCCGAACUUCAAGUGGCCUAUGUCCUUGAGUCACAAUCGCCUUGCAACUGGUGGGUGGGCACGACAACAGAAUGUAAAUGACAUGCCUAUUGCGACUGAGCUGGCUGGUGUGGACAUGCGGUUGGAGGCAGGUGCAAUUCGUGAACUUCACUGGCACAGCGCUGGAGAGUGGGCUUAUGUACUGAAAGGCGACCUUCGUGUCAGUACUGUGACUCCGGAAGGUCAAGUUUACCUAGGAGAUGUGUCCGCAGGAGAUCUCUGGUUCUUCCCAGCGGGUAACCCCCACAGCAUUCAAGCAAAGAACACCACUGCUGAAGGAGCAGAGUUUUUGUUGAUAUUUGACAGCGGAACUUUCAGCGAGGACAAUACCUUCCUUCUUACGGACUGGAUGGCGCACAUCCCCAAGGAAGUGAUAGCCAAGAACUUCCAGGUACCUAUGGAAGCCUUCGACCACAUCCCUUCCAGAGAGCUCUAUAUCUUCCCUGGAACUCCCCCCCCUGCGAACAUUGAGCAAGAUAUGGUGGUGCCCAAUGACACGCCUCUCGCCUAUACAUUCCCGUUCUCGCAGGUCAAUGCAACCCAAGCACCAGGUGGUACCUACAAAGUGGCGGACACAAGGACUUUCCCUGCUGCGACCACCAUUUGUGCUGCUGAGGUCACUGUCGAGGUCGGCGGAAUGAGGGAGCUUCAUUGGCACCCUACUCAGCCUGAGUGGACUUACUUCAUCACUGGAGAAGCCCGUAUCACAGCUUUUGCUUCGCUGUCUAAUGCACAGACGACUGACUUUCAAGCGGGCGAUGUUGCUUAUAUUCCUGCUACAUAUGGACAUUACAUCGAAAACACCGGAAACACAACUCUUAAAUUCCUAGAAAUCUUUAAAUCUGCUAUUUUCCAAGAUAUUUCUUUAAAUCAAUGGCUUGCGCUUACGCCUCCUGAACUUGUCAAGGCUCAUCUUGACUUGGACGACGAAACGAUCUCGAAACUCUCGAAAGUGAAGCAAGAAGUCGUCGGCCCUAGCAAAAGUAUGCAGUAGAGGCAGCCACGACCAUGUUUUUUUUUAUUAUUUCUCCACGCUUACGAUUACGACUAUCAUCUCAUCUAAUGACUUUCAGUACUUUGUAACAGUUUAUGGACGUCUAGAGAUGUCUCUUGUGCAUUCCUGGGGAAACGGGUUGUGGACUAUAAUGAAUACAAUCAAUGUACAGCCGUGGAGUAGAUCUCAAUGAAAUUAUUAUGCUUGCUAUUAUUU